UGGGAACCAAGGUCCAAGAGAUGUGGAGUACUACAAGAUGCUAGGUCACGUACACAUCUUGAAUCUGGGCCUUGAUGGCACCAACCCCGGAUUGAUAAGGUCCUAGUGUCGUUGAGAGGAGUUGUGAAACCAUAUUGUCUAUAAAACCCUACCUAGGAAACGAAUCGGGUAUUCAUCGAGAUAGAUGCGCGACAGACAUCUACAGUACUCGGAACUUGCACAAACAGCAUUGACGUCCUCGAUCUAUCUUAUUGCUUGAUACAAUGUCUCAAGACAUCAAGGAGGAUGUCCUCCAGCCAGUCGUCUCGUCCGUACCUGGCGAGACGGCGAAGGUGACCGACGAGAACGUCUUGGACGAAGCAGCCGUAUAUCUCGCCAACCACGAAGAAUUCGGGCCCAUGACUCCUGAGCAGGAGAAGGCCAUAGUGAGGAAAAUCGAUGCUUGGAUGAUUCCGUUGCUUGUGUUCUGUGCAACUCUCGCCGCCGUCGAUAAAGUCGAAAUUGGAACUGCAUCUCUAUAUGGUUUCCAGAAGGACAAUGGUUUUACUGGUCAAGAUUACUCUUGGCUUGGAAGUAUUUUGCCAUUGGGUACCUUGAUUGGUCUAGUCCCAGCGUCGUGGCUCAUUCAGCGAUUUCCUCCGGGAAAACUCCUAGCUACUGGUUCUCUGCUCUGGUCGUGCUGCACAUUAUGCUAUGCGGCGUGCAGAACGUGGUCGGGAUUUAUGGGACUUAGAUUUCUUCUAGGAUUCCUCGAAGCGAUAUCUGUCCCGUGCUUCACCGUGCUCGUUGCAUCCUUCUACAAGAAAGAAGAGCAGCCCCCUAGGAACGGGAUUAUCUUCGCAUACUUCUCGUCGAUUUUCAACGGCUUCUUCGCUUGGGUCAUUGGAUAUAUCCCUGCGACAGCUCCUCUGUUGAAAUGGCAAUAUUUGUACUUGUUAACUGGCACCAUCAAUUGCCUCUAUUCGAUUUUCUUAUGGUUCGUCCUUCCCGAUAGCCCGAUGAACGCGUUCUUCUUGACGCCAGAACAAAGAUACCAUGCCACAAAACGGUUGGCUUCCAAUAAAACCGGUAUCGCCAACAAGGUGUGGAAAUGGGAUCAAGUAUGGGAGGCGUUACUCGACGUCAAAGUGUGGCUAAUCGUCUUGUUCAACAUCGUCAUUAAUAUCCCCAAUGGUGGACUCCAGACCUUCGGAUCGAUCAUCAUCAACAAUUUAGGUUACAGCGCUCUGGUCUCCAGUCUUCUGACGAUGCCGUUCGGUAUCGUAGCCACGGGUGGCGCUUGGGGUUUCUCAUACUUGGCAGCAAGGUGGCAUAAUCGACGAGCUCUUACUGCGUGCAUCUCUUUAUUGCUUCCCAUUUUCGGAACCGCUUUAGUGUACGGCUUGCCGCGAACGAAUGUCCCUGGUCAAAUGACGGGGCUCUAUUUCAUGUACUUCUACUGGCCACCUUAUGUUGUGGGAAUCUCCCUUAUCCAAGCGAACACCGCCGGUAUGACCAAGAAAGCUAUUACAUACAGUCUGGUCACCAUCGGGUAUGCUGCGGGCAAUCUCAUCGGACCCCAGACCUUCAGAAGUAAGGAAGCUCCUCAAUACAAGAGCGGGGUGGUCGCAAUGCUGGUCAGCUACUGCGUCUGUAUGCUCAUCCUGAUAGUAUACUGGUUCGUGGCAUCUCAUCAGAAUAAAACCAGGGAUCGUAAAUAUGGCAAGCCAGCGGAAAAUUCCGAGGAUAUGACGGAGACUUUCGUGGACAUGACGGAUAAGAAGCAGCAUGACUUCCGUUAUACCACCUAAAUUACCUCCAGUUAGUGCAGAUUUGGAGCCGAGGGAGGUCGACGAUAUUUAGAUAGUAGAUGUCAUUGAGUGUUGGUAAUUAUUUGAUAGAUAAAUGUUGCAGUUAAUUAUGCUAGGCUGAUAG